AGCCGUCUGGGAAUGAGCGAGAGAGGAGAAGAGGGACUGAGACACCGCACGGGGAAAAGCCCCCUUGUUCUGAAUACAGGGACGACACCAGCCCCUGCUCUAUGGAGUAUUUAGUCUCCAGGGAAGCUGUGCCUUUCUGGUUCUGACAGUGACUACGUCAUCUCUGCCAUUACAUCAUCACAUAAAGAACACCUCUCUCUGCUCAGUCCCAGAAUGGCUUUCCCUCCCAGUCCCUUGGCUAUGGAAUAUGUUAAUGACUUUGAUUUGAUGAAGUUCGAAAUAAAGCGGGAGCCUUCUGAGGGCCGAUCUGGAGUCCCCACAGCCUCGUUGGGCUCCACACCAUACAGCUCGGUGCCUCCUUCACCCACCUUCAGUGAGCCAGGCAUGGUGGGUGGUGGCGAGGCCCCUAGGCCAGGCCUGGAGGAGCUAUAUUGGCUGGCCACCCUGCAGCAGCAGCUGGGGUCGGAUGAGGUUCUCGGGCUGAGUCCCGACGAAGCUGUGGAGCUGCUGCAGAACCAGGGUCCUGUCUCUAUGGAAGGGCCUCUUGGCUACUAUUCAGGGAGCCCGGGAGAGACAGGAGCCCAGCAUGUCCAGCUGCCCGAGAGAUUUUCGGACGCCGCGCUGGUCUCGAUGUCUGUGCGCGAGUUGAACCGGCAGCUGCGGGGCUGCGGGCGCGACGAGGCUCUGCGGCUGAAGCAGAGGCGCCGCACGCUCAAGAACCGCGGCUACGCUCAGGCUUGUCGCUCCAAGCGGCUGCAACAGCGGCGCGGGCUGGAGGCAGAGCGCGCUCGCCUGGCCGCCCAGCUGGAUGCCCUGCGGGCCGAGGUGGCACGCCUGGCUCGCGAGCGCGACCUCUAUAAGGCCCGCUGUGACCGGCUGACCUCCGGCGGCCCUGGGUCCGACGACCACACACACCUCUUCCUCUGAGCCUCUAGGGCAGGGGGUGUGGCGGUUUGGAGGUGGCUGGGUAGAUGGCGCUAUACAGGAGAGGUAGUACCACUAACCAAAUCGCUACCUGUGGUUUUGUGUAUGUCUAUACAAAUAUCCCCAAACUUCUGAGCAUCGUGGCAUGCUAGAGGUUAGAUGCUGGUCCUUUGCUGGAGAUGAGUUCCCUUCCCUUUUGCAGGUCACGACUCUUCAUGAUUUAGUAGGGCACUGAAUUCUGUAGGAGCUAGUGCCUGUACUGAGGGUGGAGGUGUGGAGGAUGGGCAGGUGGCAUGCUGAAUGGGAGGAGGAAGAGGAGGAGGAGGAGGAGGAGGAGGAGGAGGAGGAGGAGGGGAGGAGGAGGAGGAGAAGGAGGGUGCAGCUUCCCUCCUAUCCAUAUAGUUCUUAAUUCAAGGUUUUCAAUCUGUAGUGCAUUAAUGCUGUAAUUAACAAUGAAGCUGCAUUUUCACCGAAUCUUUGGACUCUCCAUUUUACGACUACUGGACUGUCAGGAUUUCAAUUUCCCUAAACAAACAGUAAUAGGUCAACUCAAAAUGUUCUUCUCUGCUCAACCCAGUGGCCUUUAGAGUCCAAAGCAGCAGAACAAGUGCCCUGGAUGGGAGCCUGACGACCUGGGCAGUAGUCUCAACUGUGUCACACAGGCUGUAUGUCUGUCACCUUAAGCAAAGCAAUUGUCACAAGGUUUCUCUCAUUUGAACUGGAUGACUUCCGACACUGUUUUAGUUUUGGCAGGUCUAAUGGUCUCCUCAAGAGGGCCCAAGAGGACUGUACCAAAGGGACAUCCUGUUCUGUCUCAUCUUCCAGGCUGUAGCUUAGGCAAUAGAUACACAGCAUGCCUGCUCUGGGGACGCUCACUUGUACUGCCUAAGUGGCCCCCUCUAGGCUUCGCUGGCCUCCAAACUGCAGAAGGUGCCCUUGCUACCUCCUGCCUCUCAGAGCUGAAGUGAGACCUCACAGGAUAACAGGGAGCCGAGAGACUGUGACUUUUUGUGAAUUAAACCUCAAGUUCAAGAAAAACUAA